AUGGAACCGAAGAACAGUCCUCCCGAGUCGGUCGAUGCACCACUGGCCGAGGUCUUGGACGAUGCGCCGAAGCUGACCUUCAACCAUGAUAUUCGAUUUUGGUUGGUCUUUAUUGCAUUGUGUGUGACUUCUCUGCUGGCUGCUCUCGAAGGGACUGUCACCUCUACUGCCCUUCCUACCAUUGUCGCUGACCUCCAGAUUGGCGACAAUUACCCUUGGGUAUCCAAUGCCUACUUUUUGACCACAGCAGCUUUCCAACCGCUAUACGGACAACUCGCCAAUGUCUUCUGUCGCCGCUACCCCAUGAUCUUCUCCGUUGUCCUCUUCAUCCUCGGCAGUGGUAUCUGCGGAGGUGCCUCGAGCGCGGCCAUGCUGAUCGCUGGUCGAGCGGUUCAAGGCGUUGGCGGAGGCGGGAUCAACAUGCUCAUCGAUCUCAUCAUCUGCGACCUGGUCCCCCUCACGCAGCGGGGCGCAUACAUUGGGCUGCUGUUUGUCGUCUUUGCAAUAGGCACCUCACUGGGCCCAUUCAUUGGCGGUGCUAUUGUCGGCAACACCACCUGGCGAUGGGUCUUCUACCUCAAUCUACCUAUUGGAGGGUUAGGUCUAGGUCUACUCAUCCUCUUCCUGCAAGUCAACUACAACCGCGAGAUGUCCAUUGGGGCGAAGCUGAAGCGCUUGGACUACCUCGGGAACCUGCUGCUCGUCGGUGCAAUUGUGUCCAUUCUGAUUGCGCUCAGUUGGGGCGGCUCGCGUUAUUAUUGGUCCUCAGGCCACGUCCUUGCGCCGCUAAUUAUCGGCCUCUUGGGUAUUCCGGCGUUCGUCCUGUAUCAAGCGACUCCGUUUGUGGAAGAACCGACGACCCCGCUGCGACUGUUCAGCAACCGUACUUCGAUCAUCGCAUUCUUCAAUACCUUCAUGCACGGCCUUCUCAGCUUCUGGAUCCUGUACAUGCUUCCGGUCUACUUUCAAGCAGUAUUACAGUCAUCCCCAGAACGCUCUGGCGUCCAGCUCCUCCCAACCGUGAUCUCGAUGAUCCCCGUCGCUGGCGUGUCAGGCGCGAUUCUCUCGAAGACAAGAAACUACAAAUUGCUCCACAUCGUCGGCUUCGCUCUUCUCACCAUCGGGCUCGGCACCUUCACCGUGCUCGGCCCCCAGUCCUCCACCGCAGCGUGGACGUUGACGCAGAUGAUCGCUGCAUUUGGCGCCGGAACGAUAUUGCCCGUGCUUCUGCCGGCAGUCCAGGCCGGGCUCGAGGAAAAAGAGACGGCGACUUCCACGGCCCUGUGGGCUUUUGUCCGCAGCUUCGGCAUCAUCUGGGGCCUAUCCGUGCCCGCUGCCAUCUUCAACAAUCAAUUCGACCAGUAUGCCUCGUCGAUCAGCGAUAGCUCGGUACGAAACAUGCUGAGCGGGGGCAAUGCGUACUCGUACGCCUCGAGCGCGACCAUCAGUGCACUCCCCGCCACAGUGCGGGCAGAGACCAUCGAUGUGUACUCCCGCAGUCUGCGCGUGGUGUGGCAGGUCUCCAUCGGGUUCUCCGGGCUGUCCUUUCUGCUCUGCUUCUUCGAGAAGAAUAUCAAGUUGCGGUCGCAUUUGGAGACGGAGUACGGGUUGAAGGAGAAGGACGCGAGAAAUGGCUCGAAUGGAACCGAACUGGCGGUCUGA